ACAUCCGCUCUUAUCUCCGCUUUGUCUGCGUCGCUGCGCUGCUUAUUUAUUUAUUUACGUUUUAUUUUAGGGGUAUAUUUUAUACAUAUAUCCAUCACUCUUUUCAGCAGUUGAAUGACAUUCGAGUCUGAUACAUAUAUGCCUAAAAGCAAAGCCCCCAAAAUGGAUGAUUUGGAUUACAUCCCAGCAGACCUGAGCCCAGAGGAGCGCUCAGAGCUGGAGGAGAUCCGCCGCAGGAAAGGUGCUCUGCUGCUGGAGAUCCAGAGGCUGAGGGAGGAGCUGCGGGAGGCUAUUAUAGAAGUGGAGGGACUGGAGAGCAGCACAGAGGGCAGUAAAACACUACAGAAGAGUCGGCAUGUGGCCAUGGGGAGGAAAAAAUUCAAUAUGGAUCCUAAAAAGGGCAUUGUGUUCCUGGUGGAGAACGAGCUCCUCCGGCACACUCCAGAAGACAUUGCCCAGUUCCUGUAUAAAGGAGAGGGGCUCAACAAAACAGCAAUUGGAGACUACUUGGGGGAGAGAGAUGAGUUCAACAUCAGGGUGCUGCAGGCGUUUGUUGAUCUUCAUGAGUUCACAGAUCUUAACUUGGUUCAGGCUCUAAGGCAGUUUCUGUGGAGUUUCCGUUUGCCUGGUGAAGCCCAGAAGAUUGACAGGAUGAUGGAGGCCUUUGCUCAGAGAUACUGCCACUGCAACCCCGGAGUGUUUCAGAGCACAGAUACCUGUUAUGUUCUGUCAUUUGCGAUCAUCAUGCUGAAUACCAGUCUGCACAACCCCAAUGUGCGGGACAAGCCCACAGUGGAGCGCUUCAUCAGCAUGAACCGAGGCAUCAAUGAGGGAGGAGAUCUGCCAGAGGAGCUGCUCAGAAAUCUGUAUGACAGCAUUAAAAACGAGCCUUUUAAGAUCCCAGAAGAUGAUGGGAAUGACCUGACUCACACCUUCUUCAACCCAGAUAGAGAGGGAUGGCUGCUUAAACUGGGAGGGCGAGUGAAGACAUGGAAGAGGCGGUGGUUUAUUCUGACUGACAACUGCUUGUAUUACUUUGAGUACACUACGGAUAAAGAGCCGAGGGGUAUUAUUCCUCUGGAGAAUUUGAGUAUUCGGGAAGUAGAGGAUCCUAGAAAACCUAACUGUUUCGAGUUAUACAUCCCAAAUAAUCGAGGGCAGCUUAUUAAAGCCUGCAAGACAGAAGCAGACGGGCGAGUGGUGGAGGGCAAUCACAUGGUCUACCGAAUCUCUGCCCCCACCCCAGAGGAGAAGGAUGAGUGGAUCCACAGCAUCAAAUCGGCUGUGAGUGUGGACCCUUUUUACGAAAUGCUGGCAGCAAGAAAGAAGCGCAUUUCCUUAAAGAAGAAAGAAGAGCAACCAUAGGACCCUUCCUCUCCUCUUCUUCUUCUCCACCAUCUUUAUUCUUCAUCUUCCAUUCCAAAAGAGGACAGAAGUCAUUUCUCCCAUCUUCUGAACUUUGAACAUUAUAUCUGUCCUCAUUAGUCCAGGUGGAUCGUUGUCCUGCUGAGGGCGCAUAACCGUUUUAUGGGAUUACAAGCUCCUACCCUGCUUCAUUCCAGUGUUUUUCUCAGUUUGUGCCCUACAGCAUUUUCCCUCACCCAACUUUAUGCUACACAACCAGCUCCAAAACCAGAUCUCGUUUGGUUACAAUUCACUAGCAGAGGAAAGCUGGUAAGCUUGUUUCUCUAGAACCAGCCGUGGUUUCCUGCGAUGGAACAGGAAUGGCAAGUUUGUUUUCUCUGCACAAACAGUAGUGCCAGUGCUUGGCUCAUUUAUACUGUUUCUUUUACAGUAUCAUUUUUUUACGAUCACUCAUACUGGAGGUACCACAUUAUUGGAAUUGCACCUUCAUUACAUUCCAAUUUGUAGUAUUCAGCCACCUGAAACACUAUCACGUCCUGCUUAUUCAGACAUCUGUUCUGCAUGGCACUGUUCCCACGUACCAUUUGGUUAUUCCACUACUCUCUUCACACUACAUACUACACACACUACUGGCCUUACACUCUACUCUUUACUCUUCCUUGCUGUGUCUGUUCUUAUUUUAUGCUCACUUUUUUUACUGCUCUUAUUCUGUUUGCUGGUCUUCCUCUCUUCUGACACUGUGAAACCUAUGGAAACACUAAUUUACUACAGGGUACACAACAGGGCCAAUUUAUACAUACUUGUAAUCAUUAUCAGCACCAUUGUCUUCACGGUUCUUGUCGAUAAAGCCUGAUUUACUGAAGCAGAAAGCAUAGUUACUGAUAUCUCAUAUCAAAAUACAUCCAAAUGAUGAGUAGUCACUAUAUUGGCUUUGUUGGACUUGUGUUGGACUACUGUUUAGGCUUAAGUCUGUUAGGUCUUCAGUUAACUACAGGACUUUUUGCUGAUCGUCCGAAAGUAUCUCUGUAUUCCAACCGUAAUCUUGCACACUAACUUUAUAUUACUCGUCUUGUUAAUGAAGGAACCUCCAAAGGUCGUUGCUAUUUAUGCCACAUAUCAGUUUUAGCCUUGAAUGGGUAGUCACUUAUAAUAAUCUCUCUUCGCUUGAGUGGAAAGUACGGUAGAAUUAGCGUCACUCAACCUAGUGUGUUUUGUUCAGUUCAUGUCUAUAAAAGGUUUGGCUUGUGUUUUUCCCCUGCCUGAGCACCGAGAGGCAGUGGUAGGUGUGUGCUGCCAAAUAUUGUCCCCCAUGUAUCACAAGGAAUGCCGUGACCUCAUUUCCUGCGCAAAAUAACAGGAAAUCAGUGUUGGCGGGACAUGACAUUGUUAUGAUGACAAGUCUUUGAAUAGACUCGUUUUCCAAUAAAGCAGUAAGCGCACAGAAGAAUAGGUCUCUAUAAGUAGCCGUGGACUCCACCACCGCCACCACCCUGCCCAAAAACAGGGCUUUGUUACUGAAAAUUACUUUUUUUCCAGUAAUUGAACAACAAAGGUCUGUCACUCAUACUGGAUAUUUCAAGCCCAGACCCCGAACAGGAGGGCUGCACUUACAAGAACAUACCUCAACCAGAUACAGAAGCCUUCUAUGACAUGUUCACCUGCUGUAAGCUGGGUGUUGGCUGAAUGAAUGUGUUUGAGGUUUUCCACAUUAGGAAAGACAUUACUUGUACGAUUAUACAGUAACCAGUCAAAAGUUUGCACCCACUUCUUGGCAGUACUAGAUUUUAAUACUUUUCCUUAUUUUAAAGACCCUGUUUACACCUGGUCUCUUUGUGUGACUAGUAUCUGGGUUGUAUCCAGACUGAAUUUCAGUGGCUUUUUGUACAGCAGUUAUUAUAGGUAUUUUGGUUGUACUGGAACACUUUUGGUUUGUUCAGUUGUUUGGUGUCUUAGAGAGACGGCAAAUGUGUUUACACUACAAGAACAUGCGGUUCUAAUGCAACUCAUACUACCCCCAAAAGUUGAUUGCAGUUCUAUACGUUGGGCGCAUUCACGCUUUACCUUUUUUGCAUUUUAAGUUAUUCAGCCUUAUCCAUAUAUAAUCCUGACUCUCAGAAAACAAAGUGAUCAGAUGUAAACAGGAUCAAAGCUAUGACAUGAGUUAUGCAAUGACCAAGCAAGAAGUGGACCUAAACAGUAGGCGCAUGGCAGUAUUGCAUAUAUGGCAGUAUUGGACUCAAUUUUACAAUCUUUAAAUGUCUUAAACACUAUGCUAAAGCAAUUAAAUUGUACAAUUACAAAAACAGUGCAUAAGGUGGGUCCAAACAUUUGAUUGGUUGUGUAUGUGUAGGUGUGCAUUUGUGGAUUGUGCCCCAAUGGAAUGGUGAAGCUACACUUCAUAUCAGAGGGCUUGAAGGAGCUCUAUGGCAGCUUAAAGUUUAAUGUGUAUUAUGUUUUCAUUUUCUUUUGUAAAUACGUGUUAGGAUAUACAUUUAUGACAACAUGCAUUAUAGAUGUUUAAUUUAUUGAUUUGGUUAGAUCAUGUUUUUUUUUGUUUUGUCAACUUUCAUUGAUUUGUUUGUGUGUCUUGAUUUUGUUUGUUUAGUUUUUUUUAUAUAUAUAUAUUUUUUUUUUUUAUUCAAAUAAUUGAGGACUAGGGUUGCAUGUCAUACUGAAUUGAAGCAUAUUCUUUAAUGGUGAAUCAGAUAUGCUAGUACUGGCUUUGUUUAAAGGGUCUAUUAGUGUUCCUCAUUCGUAGUCAACAAUUUUUAACUUUGGACAGAAAAUAGGUAACUGUCUUAUGUAAAUUUGCCUUAAAUAAGCUUUAAGAAUUGUGAUUAUGACUGAAAUAUUGAAUCGAUUAAACAAGUUCAACCAAUUGACUGACCUUCUUUACAGCUUGUAAUAAUGUGGAACACUAAUAGUUUUCCUCAGGCUUCAGCAACAGCCUCGUAUUUAAGCUACUACUAAUUGUAAAGAUGUUAAUGAUGAGAAUGAAAUGUAGCAGCAUAUUUUUUGCUCGAUUUUUGAAAUGAUUCCCUGUUAAUAUGAACACUGGCCUUCAGUGCCAUGUCUUUUUUUUUUUAAACCUCAACAUUUAGGGUAGCCAUCUCUGGAGAUAAGAGUUGAUUGUAAAGGCACUUUAAUACCAGAGGGAAGAGUGUGCAGUGAUCCAGCAGCCAAGUUCAGGGACAGUGCAGCUCUGGCACCCUCUGCUGUAAUACUGUAAUAUCUAACAGUGUUUAAGCUCUGCCGUAGGUCGACCAGGCACACCUCGAAGCCAAACAGAGCACAAGUAAAACUCGCAGGUAACUAACUGCACACAUCCAAACAACUGCAGCUGAUUAUGAAAUCUGUACCUGUUACUAAAGUAUUUGUUAAGCUGUGUUUUGGACACAUUUGUUCUUGAGGAGAUGAAUAGAAUUUUGUGUACUCCCAGUGACUCCAGCAUUUAUGAUGUGAUGUGCAAAGUUGCCAAAUAACACACCUUGAAGAAUUAAACAAUAUGGAAAACAGUAUACUUAUCCCAUACACACACACACACACACGCACACACAUAUUCCCUAUUCCGGCUCCCUUUGAGGUUGUUUAUGAUUGAAUGAUGUAAUACACAGCGGCACAGAAUGGCAAGAAAACAAUGCUUACUGUAGCAAAACAAAACAAAAAAAGAUCACCGUAUGUACUGGUGCCAGAAAACUCUUAUGAAACAAUAAAGGAAAAUGGCAUUA